UUGGCUACUCUGAAUGGUUCACAAUGUGAAAUACUAUUAGUAUUCGAAAAUGAAUUGUAGCUGUGGUCAUCAAACAGAUCGUGAACGUGUAACGCAUGCGGCUCGAAAUAUGUACAUCAUGAAACCUCCACCAGAAAACGAGGUUUUUAUAUCUCCCAUCACACUGGCUUCCGUAAACACAACACAAUAUGAGGAAGCUUUGAAAAUUGCACAAUUUCAUUGCAACUGUAAAUAUCUAUGGCUUCGUGAGCUUCAUGGUUUAUCUGCUUUUAUGAUGUCGAAUUCAUUAAUGUCAAAAGUUUUCUGGGCAAUUGUCAUAAUGGCUUGUGCAGGAUGGUCUAUUGGAAAUACAAUUUCCAUUUUAAAACAAUACGGGGAUGAAGCUACAACUACACUUCUCACUAUACUUCCAACAAAACAGUUGAAGUUUCCAACAAUGAUUUUUUGCCCAAGAAAUCCGGAUUUUCUUAAUUAUUAUAAUGUUCUUGAGGAUAUGUAUAAUCACCUAGGCUACAUGGAGAAUACCACAAAUUUCCAUAUUCUACAGUACGCAAUGACUGGAUUCGGUUUUGAUAAUGCUAAUGGUGAUACAUUUAAUGAAACUUAUAGAGAGCAGAUUCAUAUAUACUAUUUGAAAUGGCGCGGUGAGAGAACACAGUAUGAAAUGUUUGACUUUAUGUUUAACAAAAAUGGUUACACCUGCACAGACUUAUUCCAAACUUGUUAUGGAGGCAGUCAGACGUAUAACUGUUGUGACAUAUUUCAACCAACAUAUGCUAUGCUACGUGGAAGAUGUUUCAGAUUAAUUGAUAGCUAUUAUCAGAACGAUACAGAUGAAGUUGCAAAGCUUUCAAUUUUCUUCAACAAUAUGACUAGCCCGAUUCUCAACACUGGAGUUUUGCCGCAACUAGUUCUUUACAAUGGUGAUUCGAAUGUUGAAAUAGGAAUCUAUCCAAGAUACUAUUUGAACAGCAAUGAUUGGAACCGCGUUCGUUUUUAUCAGAAAUCAAUGAUACUACUUCCCAAGAGUGAUGGAUGUUCAACAGAUCCUAUAUAUCAGGGAAAAUUUACAUGUUUUGUGUACAAAUGGCUAAUGCAAUUGAUUGAACAAUACAAUUGCACAGUUCCAUAUUACAAGUAUACGUUAUCUUAUCUGAAAGAUGUACCAAUCUGUGAACCUGACGUAAUUGUUAAUAACUUCGAAAACAUCAGUUUAACUCCAUCAACAAUAGGUUAUAAAUGCACUUCCGCGUGCUCCCGAAUCGAGAACACUGUAACAUUGGCGACGAGCAUUGACACCGAUCCGGACCCAUCGUACAUGUUUCGAAUAGAAGCCAGUUUCACUUAUUUGGAGUAUGAGCAAUAUAAGGAGAUACGAACUACAAGUACAGCUGGUUUUAUUUCUGAACUUGGUGGACAAGCUGGGUUAUUUGUUGGAAGUUCUGUGAUGAGCUUUGUGCAACUUUUCAAUUCGGUGUUUAUUCAAAUCUAUAAAAUACUUCGGAACUACUGUAACAAAAAAGGGAUUAGAGUUCGUAUCGGCCUUUACCAAACUCAUCCAAGUGAACCAGCUGACAAAUAUUAUGAGAGGGAUGCCGCUUUAUCUGAUGAACCUCCGUAUCCACUAGACACUAUACUAGAAGUUGAAGAACCAAAUACAAUGGAUGCAGAUGGAAUGCUUUUAGAAGCUGGUGACCCAAUAUCAGAAGUAGAUGCUAUUGAGCUUGAAACUUGGAGCUCAGUAUCAGAAAUUGAAUCUUUUGAUUCUUCUAACUAUCUUCCAACACCAUCAUUCUCGUCAAGUGAGCAACAUUCUACAAUUUGUGAAGAACCGGAAGAUAUCAGAACCGCCAAAUUGAUAUGGAUUCGAGAAAAUCGCGAAAUGGAUCUAUAA